UCAUUUCCGUCUCCUACAGCCACAUGAGAUCAUGACCUUCACCUUGACUUUGUAUGGUAAAUAAAGGUAUAUAUCAUCCAAAUUAGUGAAAGAUGUGUGUUUGCUCUUCUGUGAAGCCAAAGCCACAACCUCAACAACAACAACAACCUUGGUAAUUAACCAUGGAGACCACUGAUGACUCAUCCACCACUUCACAACAACAACCGAACCUGCCACCUGGGUUUCGGUUCCACCCCACAGACGAAGAGCUUGUGGUUCAUUACCUCAAGAAGAAAGUUGAUUCUAUUCCUCUCCCUGUUUCAAUCAUCGCUGAUGUUGAUCUCUACAAGUUUGAUCCAUGGGAAUUACCAGGUAAGGCAUCGUUUGGGGAGGAGGAGUGGUACUUCUUCAGCCCGAGAGACAGGAAGUACCCGAAUGGUGCGAGGCCAAACAGGGCUGCAACUUCAGGGUAUUGGAAAGCUACUGGGACAGAUAAGCCUGUGUGCAGUGGAACUCACAAGGUUGGAGUGAAGAAAUCUUUGGUUUUCUAUGGAGGGAAGCCACCAAAAGGGGUCAAAACUGAUUGGAUCAUGCAUGAGUAUCGUCUUGCUGAUACCAAGCCUAACAAUAAGCCUCCGGGGUGUGACUUGGGCCACAAGAAAAACUCCCUAAGGCUGGAUGAUUGGGUGUUGUGCCGGAUCUACAAGAAGGGUAACACACAAAGGUCACCUAUGGACCAUGACAAGGAUGAUUCCAUGGAUGACAUGAUUGCAGAAGUACCCUCUUCCAUCAACGUGGGCCACAUGAAUGCGAGGUUUCACCUUUCCACGAGCUACAGUGGUGCAUUGUUGGAAAAUGACAGAAACACGUUAGAAGGUGUGGUUAUAGGCAAUGGUGUGAAUGUGAAUGGGAUCAGCACUACAACAAGUGCCAUAUCAUCUCAGUAUGGCACCACCUCAAACUCCAAGCCAGACCUUCCUUUUGCAACUUCAAACAAUAACACUUUAGCCUCCAAAAGAACACUCUCAUCACUCUAUUGGAAUGAUCAUGAUCAUCAUGAGGAUGUUGUGAAUGCCACAUCGUGUGAUCACAAACACUUCAAUUUAGACAGUAAUGGGAAUGUGACUGUUUUGAGGACUGAAGAGAAUACUGACAACAAUGGCUCCUUUGCUACUCUGCUUAACCACUUCCCUCAAGCACCUUAUCAAAUACAAGGGACCAAUUGGUAUGGUUAACUCCAUUUUAU